AUGGCUAAACUUUACUUAGUUGCCACACCGAUCGGCAACAGCCAAGACUUAACUUUUCGGGCCAAAGAUACGCUUGAAAAAGUGACCUACAUCGCUUGUGAAGAUACGCGUCGGAUCCGCAAACUGCUCGCGAUUUACGGCUUAAAGGGAAAGAAAUUGCUUGUCCACCACGCUCAUAACGAGCGCCAAAGCACGCCGGGCAUUAUCCGUUUGGUUGAGCAGGGGGUUGACGUGGCAUUAGUUAGCGAUGCCGGCACGCCGGGCAUUGCCGACCCAGGUUUUUUACUGAUGCGCGCUGCGAUUGAGAAAAAUUUGCCGGUCGAAGUAAUCCCCGGCGUUUCGGCUCUAACCACGGCCGUGGUUUUGGCUAACCUAGACCAGUUCUUCACUUUUUUAGGUUUUUUAUCAGCCCGUAAGAUCAAGCGUCAAAACCAACUGAAAAAAUUACCUGUUGGCACUUUUGUGAUUUAUGUGCCUCCGCACCAACUAAUCUCCACACUAGAAGAUUUAGCUCACGUUUACCAAGACGAGGUCGAUGUUUUUGUUGGCAAAGAACUAACUAAGCAAUUCGAAACUCAUUGA